GGCGUAACUAGAAUGCAGAUAAAUUGUUAUAUUUUUGGACUGACAUAUAUAUUUAUUCAUUUUUGAGAUAGUUUUCGUAGUAGAAAAGAUAAGAUAAAAAUGCAUCUCCGUCAACAAAUUAUCACAUUUUGUCUCAUUAUUUCCGUAUCGUGGGCUGACUCAAUUCACACAUUUUACAGGAACAGGUAUCCUCCCUCUUCUGAAGAAGAUUAUUAUUACAAUGAAGAUUAUCACGAAACAAUACCAAAGCAGGAUACGGCGGCGUUUGUUCCAAAUCCUCCAAGUUCUGAUGAUGCGGAGGGGAGGUUAGCCAGAGAAGCAGGAAUGUGUUCCAAUGUCAACGAAAUACAUAGAUCUAUAAAAGCGUUAGAUUGUUCAAAACCUGUUUUGAAAACGGUGAAGCUCAGACCUCCUGCCCCAAAUUUUGCCAUCGUGCCUUCUGUUGCGCAAGUAAAACGUUGUGCAGGACAUUGUAAUCAUCCGAGGUCUUGUUUGCCAAGCAAAACGUCGACAAUUCGAAUUCCGGUCUACAAGUUUGACAAAAGCAAUGUCACAAAUAAGCAAACAUGCGUGGAAUAUGAAUUGCUACAGCAUGAAGAAUGCCGGUGCAAGUGUGCAGUCGAAAGUCAUCAUUGUUCAAAACACCAGACUUAUGACGCCAACAACUGCGCGUGUAGUUGCAAAGUCCAGGAAGAGAAACACAAAUGCCUUGAAAUGCAGUUUUCAAAUAUGGAACCACUCCGGUACUGGGAUGACUUAACUUGCGAGUGCAAAUGCAUUCCAAAGUCUUGUGGCCGUUUGCGAGUUUGGGUUCCAAGCAUGUGUCGGUGUAUGCAAAUACCCACAGGAGAAGAGGACGAGAAUGCCCUCUUUUAAUUAGGAUGUGUUUGCUUAAGUUUAGUUUCAAUACGGUCAAUCUCAGCCCCCAAAGUGUCUACAAUGCCUUCUCCAUGUUUCAGGAGAAAAUUUUCAAGGUCUUCUUCAGUCUUAACCACCUUGAACUCCUAAAAACAUUUAUUAGUAUUAGUUAUUUAUGUAUUUGUAAUUAAAUAAAAAUUGGAAAUAACUAGGUUUCCGUUACCUCAAACA